AUGGACCGGCCGGAGCGGAUCAUCGCCUAUCGCCGGGUGGUGGAUUUGACGCACCCAAUCAAGCCGGGCAUCCCCACCUGGCCGGGCGAUCCGCCGGUUCAAUUCGAAACAACGGCCACCAUCCAGGAUCACGGUUAUUGCCUGCGCCGGUUCAGUAUGGGCGAGCACAGCGGGACCCAUAUAUCGACACCGUCAGCGUUUUGGGAUAUAGGUCCCGGGCCGGACGGCAUUGCACCCGAGGCCCUGGUCGUUCCCGCCGUAGUUAUGGAUUCAAGGGGUCGGGCAGCACAGGACCCGGAUUACGCGCUAACAGUGGAUGAUCUUGCAGAAUGGGAGCGCCGCUACGGUGAGAUCCCAGCCGGGUCGAUUACUCUGCUGCUGACCGGGUGGAGCCGCUAUUGGGACGAACCGGAACAGUUCAUCAAUCUGGCGUCCGAUGGGCUGAUGCACACGCCGGGGUUCGCAAACGAGGCGGCACAGUUGCUGAUGGACACCCGUGAGGCGUCCGGGAUCGGGACAGAUACGCACGGCGUAGACCCCGGGGCAGAGGUCGGACUCGAAGUCAGCCGGACGGUUUCGCACCGGGGCGGCAUGAUCCUGGAAUGCCUGAACAACCUGGAACGGUUACCGGCCACCGGCGCGACCCUGGUCAUCGGGCGGCUGCCCCUGGUCGGCGGGAGCGGGAGCCCGGCAUCGGUACUGGCGCUGACGCCGUGA